AUGGGUCGAGAUGAGCAGAGGGAGGAGCGAGAGGUGCUCGACUCCAUCUUUCCGGACGAAAUACAGGACAUUUCGGAGACAGAAUACAGGGUAUCGAUUACCUUGGAUGUGAAGAAGGGCGAAGAGGAUGACGAAGAUCCGGUGAUCAUACUAAGUGUACGGUACCCGGAUGCAUACCCAGACGAGGCACCAGCACUGGACAUUACAGCACCUCCAAAUGCGCCAAAGUAUGCCCACCUUGAUGUGCAAGUAGACAAGGCACGUUUACUGGGGUCACUCGGGCCUACAAUCGAGGAGAGCAUGGGGAUGGCGAUGGUGUUCACCCUGGUCAGCACAUUGAAGGACUCUGCAGAAUUGCUUGUGAGCGAGAGGCAGCAAGCAAUCCAAGCUCUCUUGGACAUUGAAUCCGCCAAGGCAGAGGCGGAGGAGAAUAGGAAGUUCGAGGGCGAGAAGGUCACUCGUGAGACGUUCCUAGCGUGGCGUGACAAAUUCAAGCAGGAAAUGGCGGACGAGGCUGCUAGAAAGCAAGCAGAGGCUGAAGCCGAGGAGAAGAAGAAGCGUGGGAAGGCGGAGGAGAAGAAAUUGAGUGGAAAGCAACUCUGGGAACGAGGUCUGGCUGGUAAGGUCAUGGACGAGGACGAAGAGGAAGAUGGAGAUGACGCGCUAGAAGGCAUGCAGAAAUUAAAGGUCGAUGGAUGA